GCAGUUAGAGAGACCGUAACGAAAGUCAAAAGACAAUCCCAGUACAUUCUAGACUGGAUUCUAGAUCUACAUGAAAAAAUGAAUUCGGUGACAAAACUAGCUUGUAAAUCUAGUACGCUAGCUGGAUUAUUUAAUGCUAAAUUAUUUAAAAACACACAUUGCUGUUUUUCAAUCUCAGCAUGCAUGACGUUCAAAUUUAAAGUGCCACCAAAGUUUGACAAUGUGCAGUUCCCUGAAAGAAGGCGUUUAAGAAUAAUUGAAAAGGUUCCCCCACUUGAACCAGGUUUAAGGCCUCCUAAGAUGAUGAAAGAUCUUCAUCAGAUGCGAGGGCCAGAACUUAUUCAAAACAAAUUACUUUAUGGUAAUUAUGGUAUACAGGCAUUCACUGGUGGCAGGCUAAAACACAAAGACACCGAGAAUGUUCGUCAGAUCAUCAUUAAACAAAUGGAUGAGAGAUACAUGUUUGCAGUGUGGCGCUUCACCCAUCUGUGGCAGUCUGUGACUAAGAAAGGCCAGGGACAUAGGAUGGGUGGAGGGAAGGGCGCCAUAGACCAUUAUGUUUUUCCAUUCAAAGCUGAGAGAAUCCUCCUAGAGGUUGGAGGUCAUUGCGAGUUUGUUGAGGUGCAUUCCAUGCUGGAGGCAAUUCAAAGAGUUUUACCGUUCAGGACUAGAAUUGUGUCCCAUGGAUCAAUGAAGCGCAGAGAAAACAGAGAAAAAUAUAUAGAAGCUAACAAUGUCAAUCCAUUCACCUUCAAAUAUUGUGCUGAUAAUAAUGUCUUAGGAUGUAAGAAAUUUUUGAACAGAUAUGAUUUCAUGUGGUAUGGUAAAUACCUCUAAGACUGAUGUCAGUGUAAUACAGUUGUUUUUCCCUUAAAGAA